UCCAUAUCAGGCGUUUGCGCGUAGUACUACAAUUUUUGCUAAGAACAAAACUGCCAUCUCCACCAUCUUUUUGUUCCUAGUUUCUACUCAACUUAUUUUUUCUAUCCAAAUGUUGUCAUUUUCACGACUGUGACGCGCGCCUAUUUUUUAGGUUUCUCGCGCCACCAAUCCCAAAUCUCCUCAUAUCCCUCUACAUCAUCAUCUACCAUAUGUCCACCAAAACAUCCGUCUGCAACGCCUUCCUUUCCUAAAAUGGCGGCGCUGACAGAAGCUCAGCUUGAGCUAGCCAAUUCACUCACACCAGCCGAACUACCUACUAAGUUGCGAUGCGCGGUGUGUAGCAAAUUAGCUGUCAACGCUUUUCGGUUGCCCUGUUGUGAGACCGCUAUAUGCGACAAGUGUCAAUCCACUCUACCCUCAUCCUGCCCAGUCUGCGAACACUCACCAGUUUCGGCGUCGGAUUGCACCAUCUACAAAUCACUUAGAACUACCAUUAGAGUCUUCUUGAAGACUGAGGAGAAGAAGCGAGAGAGUGCUCGACCCAAGACCAACGGGUCUACUCCGACUACUCCUGCGCAAGAUACUCCUGCUCCCGCUGCCGCUCCGACCCAGACACGCACACCUGCCGAACAGCCUUCUACGAGCAUCGCUCCUGCUGUACAACCUAGCGCGGAGCCCCAACCUGCUGAAUCUGCGGCACAGCCUGCUGCGGCUGAGUCAGAAGAGGGACCAGUGGCCGAUCCGAAACCGGACAACAAUGCUCAGCCUGAAGAGGGCACCCAGCCGAAUGGGCAGGCACAAGAGCAAGCCGCCGAAGGCGAAGAGUCCAAGGCAAUCGUCCCCCAUGAACAAGAAGGCCAGGAUGGUGCAACGGUAGAAGAAACCCAAGGGGGCGACCAGGGCGAGGGCGACGACGAGAACGAGAACGGCCAGCAAGUGCAGUCUGGCAUGGGUACCGGUUUCGACUCGAUGAACGGCAAUUUCAUGAACUUCGGCAACGGAGACCUAAGUCAGAUGCAAAUGAUGAUGGCCAUGCAAAAUGGGAUGAACCCAGCUGCUUUUGGCACGUUUCCCAUGAUGGGAAUGAUGGACCCUAUGGCGAUGCAGAAUAUGAUGAUGAAUGGAGGCUUUGGUGCGCAGGGCAUGGGCAUGAACGGCAUGAACAUGAACAUGGGCAUGAAUGGAUUCAAUGGCGGAAACAAUGACUGGAACGGACAGCAAUCAUGGAACGUCGGCCAAGAUAAUUUCAAUCCAAAUGCUCCUGGAAUGGGAAAUGGUGACUUUGGCAACUUUAAUGCUGGCUUCCGUACAGGCUUCAAUUCAGGUAAUUAUGGCCAUCACAACCAGUUCAAUGAAUAUCGCCGUGGCCACUACGGAGGUUAUCGAGGAAGAGGCCGAGGCCGAGGCUUCUACGGCGGCUACGGCCGUGGUGGUUAUAAUCAUGGAUAUAACUCAAACGCAGGUUGGGCCGGACAUGGCCAUCAAUUCUCUGGUAAUAAUGACGGCCAACAAACAGUGGACGACUCCCAAGUAGCAGACCAGACAUCCGGUAACGUUGAUGAGUUUGGCCGAGCAAUCCGACCCGACGCUGAUGCGGAUGCACCAAACGCCGGGGUAACUGAACACGCCGAAACGGAAGGUACCCAUGAUAAUACAGAUCAUGCCGCUGGUAAUGGAUCCGGACCGGAGACUUCGGAACAAGUGACCAAGGAGAACGGCUCUCAAUCCGUGCAGGGCGAUCCUGCAAAUGACAAGGGUGAUGUAUCUUCUAGAGAUCAACAUUCAGCUCCUCAAGGUCCCUCUCGCGGAAAUGCUGGCCCAUUGCAUAUCCAAACUACGGUUCCGGAUAGACCGUUGAAUGCUCCUACUGGGCCUAAAGCUAUGAGGCAGGGCCUCCCUAACACUAGUCUUCAUCAUCUAAGAGCACGUGGUUUUAUCGGUGACGAGAGGAGCCCAACUUCACGUACUAAUCCUACGAUUGUGGCAAGUCCGGUAGCAGAUAAAGCAAAGUCGCGGAGUAGUUCUCUGCUUUCUUCUAGAGACAAGGAUCGACACCAUCGUGAACGUGAUCGAGAACAUGCUGAAGAUGAGAAGAGCAAGGGGCAUCCUCAUGAUGGAGAUCGUGACAAUUCUAGGGUGCACACUGUAUCCAAGAGCCGGUCCAGGAGUCGCAGCCGCAGCAAGGAUCGUAAGGAGGCUCGUAAGCAUAGACAUCAUCGCUCGCCAUCAGUUACGGACGAUGAUCGUGAUGGCGGUCGCCGCCGCCGCAAACAUAAGAGCAGAAGGCAAUCAACUAGAGAUGACGAUGACUACAGAGGUCGAUCGAGAGAUGGGAAGCAUGAUGACCGCUCACGGUCCGCUUCUCCUGGUGACCGUGAACAUAGGCGUUCAGACCACCGAAGUCGUCGCGACCGUGAUGAGAAACGUCGAGACCGCGAUACCGAAAAAGGUAGUGACUACGAUCGGCAUAGGAAGUCCGGGCAUAGGUCUCACCGCGAUCGCGACCAGGAUUACGAACGAGAGAAAGGCCGGGAAAGGGACCGAGAGAAGGACCGUACGAAAGACCUCACCCGCGAUCAUGACGAAGAUCGUCAGCGUCGCGGCAGUAAAAACUCCAGUGCCCUACCAACACCAAUAGAAUCUUCAGAUAAAACCUUCAACCCCCCUACUGGACCUCGAAGCAACUUCUCUAUCAAAGGAUCUAGUAGCAAGCAGGGCACCGGACUCGAGAUUAAGGGCGCAAGUAGCAAAUCCUCUAAUGCAAACAGACGCGAAAGCGAAUCAUCCCGACGCCCUUCCCAAUCCUCUGUCGCCGGCCAGAAAUCUGCGUCCGGAGCCCCUACGAAAGACCCACAUACCCUAGAGCGUGAAGCCCGCGACCGCGAACGUCUCCUGAAGGAAGCGCAACGAAUGGCAACUAUAGCCGGUCGCACUUCAGGCGUGAAGCGUAGUCGAGACGCAGGUGACGACCGCGGCAGCCGUCGAAAAAGUCGCCGGAGCGAGGCCGUCAAUAUAGAGGAUGGGGAGGACCGUAUGAGACGGUUAGAGGCUGAGCGCGAGGAUCGGAGAUGGAAUUAGGAACCUAGAACAGAUUCUAGUCGGCAUCGAAAGGCGCACCGUCGAUCACGCAGGGGUCAUUAAUAACGAAGGAGACACCUCUCAAAAAGUUGGUCCUUUAGCUAAACCUUUUUAAUCUUCCAAUAUAAAGCCUCCUUGGCUUUUCUGGAACUCUUUCUCUACUACGGAUUACCUAAGGGGUGGAAGAGGUCUAAAAUCAGAUUCACGCUUUACGUUCCAGGACUGUACACUACUGCAUUCGAAGACGUUUCCAACUCGGAGAGCAUUCAUUGGUACCGGAAGAGGGUGGGCAGGGGAGGACUGAUAAAAAAAAUCAAAUACAUUACACGUUACUGCACCGAUUAGUUUGGCAGCACCGACAUUUUUGUUCCGCUAGAACCGGAUCAACGUACCUAUCAGGUAGCUGAGAGGACUGAGGCGCAAAAAAGCAAAAGGGGUCGCAAGAUUGACGGGUGGCGCCAAUAGGAGUGGACAGAAAUCACUAGGGGGGAAGGAAGGCCGUAGCAUUUAAUUGAUACGUGUAUCUUUCUACUUUUCGUCGUAGUUUUUUAUGCGGGUGAUCUAGAUGGGUGAUAUGGACGAAGUAGAGAUGUUGCUAGAUUCUCUAAAU